UUUUUUUGUUUAAUUUGAUUGUGAAUUUUGUAUGAAUACUUUGUGUGGUAAGUAACCUAAUAUGAUUUGAAUAGGUGAACUGUCUAUUUUACUGUUGUGUAUAGAUGAUUUUGUUCUUUGUUUUUACUGUUUUGUUUGACUAUUUUAAGUUGAUUUUGUGGGAUUUUCUUAUUGUGGUUGAUUUGGUCAGUUUUGUAUGUUUCCUUUUUGAUCUGACUUUUUUUUAUUGGCUUCCUUAGAUCUAGGCGUGAAUUGGGUAGUUGAGAAUUUUUGAUUUUGGGCAAUAUUCAUCCUUUUUACCUGGGUUUCUAUAAGGUUCAUUGUUGACAUAAUUGGUCAGUUCGCUUGGUUUCUGUGGUCUUGAGUUUUCUGGAGAAAUAUAACCAGGUUUAGUCAUGUAUCUUAUUGUCCUUUUAGAUCAUUGAGUCAUAUAGUAUCCAAAAUUGUGUCCAAAAUCUUUAUUGGGUUGUCUUUAAUCAUGUCUAGAACCUGCUUUUGGUGUGUUUUUGCCAAGGAUUGGUGUGCUUCAUUGUUAUUGGAUGCAAGGGAGGUCUCAGCCCCGAUUCCAGAAGACACGGUGGCCGAGGUUGCACAGCCAGUUGCUCAUGGUAUAGAUGUAGGUGUAGAAUUUAAACCUGUUGAACAUCCAGUUGAGCCUCUUGACAAUGAUAAACCGGUCCAGUGCCCAUUGCCAGAACCUUCUAUUCUAAAUGAUGGAAGAAUAUGGAAGGAGCGAGUUUCUGCUGCUCAUGUGCGGAGAAGAUCUGACUUGCCGCUCAGGACAGAAGGGUCAGCGGGUGAUUCCGAAGCAUCUGCUGGUUCAAAUUCGCGGCCUGCUCGUCAAAAUCGCAUGAUGCUACCAUCAAUAAGUGCACCUGAACAUAACCUUGUUAAUUUGCUAGAAGAAUGCAAGGCCUCUGGGAUCUUAUAGGUAUAUAUAUGAUGUUACAUCUACUGGAAUUCACUUGUGGCUCUUAUAAUAUUUUGAAAAUCAAUACUGAAACGACCACUGUGAAUUCACAUCAUUUGAAUGUGAAGGAGCUGGUUCCCUGUGAUCCAUGAAAUUUUGUUGUCGAUUUGUCAAACAAAACGUACAAGUCCUCAAUGAAGCUGGCAUCAAUGCUUAAUUUGUAUCUACUACUGUAUUGGAAUGUGGAGCUCAUUUUUAAUAAUAUAUCUGUGAAAAUUUAUUAUUGUA